AUGAUACACUCAAACAAUAACCGAAAACUGGAUUUUUCUCCACAGUUCUUUGCCUCUCUGAAAACAGAAAACAACAAGGGCGUAGAAUCAUUAGUUAGUCCUGGUGAAAAGUUAACAUCUCCUUCUAGCAUAUCCUCAAACCAAGCUACCAAAAGACAAAAGCUAGAAAUUGGUUAUUUGCGUAAGGUUGCCCAAUUGAAACAUCGCACUACAUUUAUGCACAAGAUUGUGAAAAAGGUUGUAGAAAUGGAGGGCAACUCAAAUUUUACAUGUAAUAAAACUACAACUCCCCAAAAACCUAAAUUGGUAACAGAAGAAAUAGCUAAAAGGCUUACCUACUAUUUCUAA